GUCCGUUGCGCGGCCGGCAGGAGGCGCCUCGAGCCGGGCGCUAGCUCGGCUAACGGCGGGCGUGGGAGCCUCGCGCGGGGGACGCGGCUGACGGGCUGCGCAGAGGCUCCGGCCUUCCCCCAGCUGUUGGCUGAAAGCCUCAGUAGUUAUUCAUGAAGACGCGCCCACCAUGUUUUAUGGGACUCAGUUCAUCAUGUCUCCUCCCACGAAGAACAAGCUAAAGCGACAGAGCCAGCUGCUGUCCACUAUGCUGUCCCGGACACUGAGCUACAAGUACCGUGACCUGGACUCCACCUUGUGCAGCCUGGGUGCCAGCGAUGACCCCGCAGAGCUCUCUACCCAGCUCUCGGCCCCUGGCGUCUUGAAGGUGUUUGGGGACAGUGUCUGCACAGGCGCCCACUACAAGAGUGUUCUGGCCACUGGCACCUCGAGUGCCCAGGAGCUGGUGAAAGAGGCACUAGAGCGCUAUGCCCUGGACCCUGGCUGUGCUGGCCAGUAUGUGCUCUGUGACGUUGUGGGCCAGGCUGGGGACUCUGGACAGCGGUGGCAGGCCCAGUGCUUCCGAGUGUUUGGGGACAAUGAGAAGCCCCUGUUGAUCCAGGAGUUAUGGAAGCCCCGAGAAGGCUUGUCCCGGAGGUUUGAGCUGAGGAAGAGGUCUGAUGUGGAAGAGAUGGCAGCGAGGGACGUGGAUACCACCACAGCAGGAUUGCUGUGUUGCAGGUCUGCCCCAGGAACACCAGGCGAGCUGUUGAAUCCCAGCCACUGCCUAGCUCCUGGUGAACAGGGGGUGCUUCCCAGUGUCAGAGGUGUGAGCGUGUACAAGAAAGCACACCUGGGAAGCAGAGUCGAUCCCGCAGGGAUAAACUCCCAAGCCCGGAGGCUCCAGCGUAUCCGCGCCAAGGGAACCCCAGCCCUCACCUCAGAGGCUGCCCAGAGCGUGCCGCCUACCCGGCUGCGCCGUACAGUCAGCGAGACCAGCCUCAGCCCGGCACCCACGCUACCCGACGCUGCCCAGAGUCCUGAGGAGCCCGUCCCUGACAGCAUGCGUUACUCCCUGUACCAGUGCCCGCACCUGCUGCUGCUGCAGGGCUACAGCCAGCAGCACGACAGCCUGGUGUACGUGCUCAGCCGGGAGCUGCACACCGUGGGCCAGCGCACACCCUCCAGCAAGCCCAGCAUCAGCCUGUCCGCCCCCGACAUCCUGCCCCUGCACUGCACCAUCCGCCGUCACCAGGCCCCGGAAGGUGGCCAGGCCGAGCCCCGGCUCGUGCUGGAGCCCAUCGCUGGGGCGCCGGUUUCAGUCAACUUCUCUGAAGUGGGGAGGAAACCCGUGGUGCUGCAGCAUGGCGACCUGCUCUCCCUGGGUCUCUACUACCUGCUGCUGUUCAAGGACCCUGGGCAGGCGCAGCCGCUGCCUGCCUGUGCCCUCGCCCGUCUCGGGGCGGCGCCACAGAGCUGUAGGAUGUGUGGUGCGGUGCUCAGAGCCCGCGGGGCUGCUUCCGUGCCUGCUGCUGUGGUCCGGAGGCGGUCACUGCUCCUGGAGUUUGAGCCGGACAUGGAGGACACCCUGCUGCAGAGGAUCAUGACUCUGAUCGAGCCUGGGGGUGAUGACCACAAACUGACGCCUGCCUUCCUCCUCUGCCUCUGCAUCCAACACUCUGCCACUCGCUUCCAGCCGGGGACCUUCAGGCACCUCCUGCUCAAGAUCUCCAAGAGGGUGCGAGACACGGUCUGGGAGAAAACCAAAGAACUGGCGGAAAAGCAGGCGCAACUCCAGGAACCCAUCUCCUGGGCCAGCUUCCCCAUGGCCGACCUGGUUCCCGACCUGCAGCACAUCCUGUUCUGGAUGUCAAACUCCAUUGAAUUGCUGUACUUCCUGCAGCAGAAAUGCCCGCUGUACAUGCAGAGCAUGGAGGAGGAGCUGGACGUGACAGGCUCCAAGGAGUCGCUGUUCUCAUGCACGCUGACGGCCAGCGAGGAGGCCAUGGCGGCCCUGGAGGAGGUGGUGCUGUAUGCGUUCCAGCAGUGUGUGUACUACCUCUCCAAGUGCCUGUACGUCUGCCUCCCGGCCCUCUUGGAAUGCCCUCCAUUUCAGACCGAGCGCAGGGAGAGCUGGCGCUCAGGCCCCGCUCUGCCGGAGGAGCUUCGACGCGUCGUGUCUGUGUUCCAGGCCACCUCGGACCUCCUGCGGCAGCUGCAGAUGCACCCUGAGGUGGCCUCCCAGAUGCUUGCUUAUCUCUUCUUCUUCUCUGGCACGCUGCUCCUCAACCAGGUGCUGGACAAGGGACCCUCUCUGAGUUGCUUCCAUUGGCCCAGGAGUGUCCAGGCCUGUGCCCGCCUGCAGCAGUUCCUGGAGUGGGCCAGGAGCGCUGGCCUCGGAGCACCCGCCGAACGCUUCUUUCGGAAGCUUUCCUGCACCCUGCAUCUGCUGGCCACUCCCAGCGCUCAGCUCGUCCAGAUGAACUGGGCCACCCUCCGGGCCACAUUCCCUGCCCUGAACCCUGCUCAGCUGCACUGGCUGCUGACUCAGUACCAGCUGGCCUCUGCCAUGGGCCCGAUGAGUGCCUGGGAGCCAGGAGCCCAAGACAGCCCAGAGGCCUUCCAGUCCGAGGACAUCCUAGAGUCCUAUGAGAACCCGCCGCCCAUCGUCCUGCCGAGCCAGGGCUUCCACGUGGAUCUAGAUGCAGACUGCCUGGAGGACAGCAUCUACCAGCACCUGCUCUACAUCCGCCACUUCCUGUGGGGGCUGCGGAGCCCAGCCAGCCCUGACAGUGGGCCUGCCCAUCCCGAGAGCAUCGAGGGCCUGUACCACACGAUCCCCGAGGGGCAUCUGGAAGGCCAUGGCUGCCCCCUGGCUGAUAGGGACCCAGGCAGAGGAGCUGUUGAAACUGCCCCUGCCCAUUCUCUUCCUGUCACUGGAGCUCCCCGAGCACAGGGUCCCCCCGGAAGACAGCCUGCCCGAGGGGACCGAAGGGGUUCCCAGGCUAGCUCUCUGCACACUGACUCCUCCUGCCUGCUCACUCCUCCCAGCACACCGCUGGGCCUGGAGCCUGGAGGCCCCACCUGGCCAGAGCCCAGUGGCCUCCGUGGAAAAGCACCUCCUGAAGGGCAGAGGAACGGGCCAGGUGGUCCUACCGGUACAGCUCUGGAAGGAGACCCUGUUCAGGCUGCUGCCGAGCCUCCUGCUGAGGGCCCCAGCCCCAGCUCCAGCACGGAGGACUUCUGCUACGUGUUCAUGGUGGAGCUGGAGCGAGGCCCCUCGGGGCUGGGGAUGGGCCUGAUUGAUGGCAUGCACACAUCUCUGGGGUCCCCGGGACUCUACAUACAGACCCUGCUCCCCGGGAGCCCCGCGGCGUCUGACGGGCGGCUGUCGCUGGGAGACCGACUCCUGGAGGUGAACGGCAGCAACCUGACGGGUGUCAGCUACAUGAGGGCAGUAGAUCUGAUCCGAAACGGAGGCAAGAAGAUGCGCUUUCUGGUUGCCAAGUCUGAUGUGGAGACAGCCAAGAAAAUCCGUGUCCGCAAGCCCCCUUCCUAAUAGACCAAAGACCCUUACCCCGGUACCCGCUCCCUGUCUCCUCCCCAGGUGGCACCGCCACCCACCCACUUUGUUCCCCUCGAUCCCCCCCCCUCGCUGCCAGCCCACACUCCCCAGUCCAGCCAGUCCUGGGUUUUAAUGUGGAUGGAGUGAGUCCCUGUGUCGUGGCCUCACGUUGAGGACACCUGUUGAUAGUGUACAUUUUAGUGUAUAUUUAUUUAUAUGACACAUGGCACUAAGUUGUGACAUUUCCUACAGAGCUUUUAUGUUUAAAGACUUUAAUGGAGAAGUUAGAUUCAAUAAACUAUCUUUCGUAUUCUUACA